AUGAAAACGCAUAAAUAUUGUGUUUUUUUCAGGCCUAGUCCAAUCAAGAGAAGUGAUUCCAAGCACUCACCUAGGAAGCGUGACCGGAGCAAUUCAAGAGACAGAACAGGCCAUCAAUGGCGUAUUCGAAGUGAGAUAAGCGAUGCAAGGAACCGAUACACGAGCAAGUGUGGCCGAAGCAGGAAAAACUUGCAAAAAGCACCUGGUUCACAUGCACAUGAUCGUGGUCACAGCAAGCAACAGAAUCACUGUCCAGAUCCUGAAACGGAGUUUCCUAGCUUGAGUAAGAGUAUGCAAAUGCGACUCCGUCUCCCUGGAGAUGAUGCACAGCCUUAAGAUUGGAGUUCUAACUAAUUGAAUGAGCUAUUACAAGCAUGAGAUUGUCCUGUUGAUGAUGUACAAACUGUUGAAGAUCAAUUGCAAUUUCCACUUGAUCCUAAAGGAAGUUGUAAUAAUCCCUGAUUGAAAUAUGUUAGCUGAAAAUUAGAAGAUAGAAUUGGACAUGUUUCUCAGUGCCACACAGUCAGAACCCUAGCUUU